AUGAGCCGCACAGAGAGCAUUGCUGCUGUGGCGCGUGGCGAAGAAGCUAGUGAAAAUGUGGCGCCGCAGGUCGAGCGCGGUGCAUUCACGGAGAAGGAUCAAGAGAACCUCGCGAUGGACUCAGAUGCCAUUACACAAGUGCAAGUAGAUGGCAUGGUUCUGAUGAAGAUCGUGAAGCACUGCAAAGACAACCAUGCGGUAAACGGCAGUAAUGCUUGGGGCGCGCUUCUUGGUAUGGACAUGGGCGGUACAUUGGAGGUAACGAAUGCGUUUGGGUUGCCAGGCAUGCGCUCAGAGCGAGGUGACGAGGAAGAGCGGACGACCAAGUCAUCGAUGCAAUACAUGGGCGAGAUGCUGCGUCUCUUGCAUCAGGUGAGUGCGGAUAUCAACCCAGUGGGUCUGUACCAAGGUGCAUUUCUGGGUCCGUUUCUAAACACGGCUGUUGUCGACGGACUGAACACACUUUCGCUCCUGAUGGAACGUGAGGGACAACAUGGCCGAGGGAAGGCCGUCAUGCUCGUGCAUGACUACGCUCAGCUGGCACAAGGAAACACGGUGCUGAAAGCAUUCCGCCUGUCUUCAUCAUUCAUUGAUGCAUAUCGGAAGGGAAAGUUCUCGUCCCAGAGCCUCAUUGAACACCGCCUCACAUUCUCGAAUGUGCUGAUUGAAAUACCAGUCCACAUCCGGAACUCGGCGCUGUUGGACGCUAUGCUCACAACGUUGACGACGGAGCAGGCAUCGGAUGCGCGCAUUGUGCCACCGACAUCGAGGGAAGAGCUGUCGUCGUCGUUAUCGUCCGGGCAUGUACUCGUGCCACCGAAUUACAUGGACUUGAACCUGGCGCUGGAGCCCGUGCUUGUGUCAACCAUGGAGUCGACACUCGAUGCUGCGGAGACAUAUGCAGCGGAGGCUGGAAACGUCGGCUAUCAGGCACGACAGAUCGCGCGUGAAAAGGCACGAGCCGAUGCGUUUGUGGCGCGUCGCAAGGCAGAGAAUGCGACGCGUGAGUCGGCAGGUCUGGCGCCGCUGCCCCUGGACGAGGUGCACAAACUGUUCAAGAUCCCCGCAGAGCCGAAUCGUCUCGAGAGUUUGUUGCUGCUGAACCAACUUGAUAGUGCUGCGCAGCGCCUGUCUGAGACUGCGGCUGUGGGCGCCGUACAGCUGGAUGCGGCUCGGACAGGCACAGCCUUAGAUAGAAUAGUGUGUGAGAGAUUUCCAUACGAAUCAUGA